AUGGCCCACGAUAUUGAGCCUGUUGCCAAACUUGGCCUCAGUCUGGCAAGCUCCCUACAGGUACACUCGGAAGCCAAUAGAACAGCCCGACAGAGGCUUCCCAAGCUAAUAAAUUUGAUCAACUCAACGGCCUUGAAAUUGAUCAAGGUAGAUGAUGUCAUUCAAGAAAAUGCACUCACAAAACUAUGCCUUGAAGACAUCAAGCGCCUAUCAGCCACGUGCGAAAAGAUCUACAUUGGUAUCUUGAUCAUGUUGGUGCGGCACACAGAGAGCUUUGCCGGCGACAAGCAGCUCAAUGAGAUGCCACGGGAGGAAGCAGGAAAGUAUCUGCAAUGCAUCGCUCAGACCGGGGUCUUGAGCUAUAAAUCCUGGAAGCACCUCGAGGUCCAGCUCAGGUACUUUCGGCACUGGUUGACGCAAAUCAAGUUUGAACUCAUGCUGCGCUAUCUCUUGGGCAGUAUCGCGCAGCACCAGAUGCGUGCACAGACUCGAGUCCCAGGCAGCUUUGAGACAGAGAAUACGAUCAGACAGCUGGCAGAACAGAUGGCCUUUAAACGAGCAAGUCACUACAAGUACUGGUCCAAGAAGUUGGCCAAAUGGGCCAUCAUCGCUCCGCCACUAUCUUCUAGCAAUUCUUCCAUCACAGAUACCCACAGCACUUGCAGUGUUUCAAGUACACCUACCAUUGCGGUCGACACCAAGGUUGAAGAGAUUAAACCUGUCGAAACCAUUCCAACAGCCGAAAAUGAGUCGCCAGAAUUGUCCAAGGACACCGAGGCUUUGGCCGAUACCAUAGUAGAGACCACUAGCACUCCAACACAAAGAGAUCCACAGCCGGCCAGUCAACCUGGCCCAAAUCUGCUGACUGCUGCCAGAGACUGGAUCAAACGAAAUCUUAUGCUAGGAUCGCACAAUGAAUGGAAGGAUCAAGAUCUUGAGGUCUGGCAAAUUGAUCUUGCCGCUCAUUUCAACCGCAUCCCAAUCAAGACAUUCAAACGGCUUGAACUGGACGACAAACAUGUCAGGUCUGGUCUCUCGCAAGCAACCUCCAAGUCCAGGUGGAAGAAGCGUCCAGGACUCCUCGAGCAAUAUGACUCACUCGAUCAACGCGUCCGCCAACGAAUCGACGAUUGUAUCGAUGCUGCCAGUCAAUGGAGCUCUAGGGAGCGAACUUGGAUCGCCAUGUCAAUCUCCCGCCCUCCAUUGAAGAAUAGAUCCGGGGCUGUUGUUGACACUGAUGCUUCUAUCUGCCUUUUCUUCCGUCUCGGUGAUGUAGUAGAGCCUAUCCACGUUGUUGAGCUACACACGGGUAAAAGACUCACCUUCCCGUAUGCUUCAUGCAAGAAUCUGGAUGUGAGUUGA